ACUCCAUUUCUCUCAAUAACAUAGGUCGAGAAAAUUAUUAGACCGGACUAGCUUACUCGUCAGGUCCAAUAUGGAGAAAACGCACUACGACCCGGAUCCAAAACCGACCCGACCAGAUGAACCAGAGCUCGAUCUCUACACCAUCCCUAGCUACUCCAGUUGGUUUGCGUGGGACGAUAUUCACGAGACGGAAAGAGCCGGAUUGAAAGAGUUCUUUGAUGGAAGCUCAAUCACAAGAACUCCCAAAAUUUACAAAGAAUACAGGGAUUUCAUCAUCAAUAAAUACCGCGAAGAUCCGUCUAGAAGACUCACUUUCACGGAGAUACGCAAGUCACUGGUCGGCGACGUUAAUUUGCUCCAGAAGGUGUUUAAAUUCUUGGACAAGUGGGGAUUAAUAAAUUUCGGGGCGAGUUCUGCUAGCUAUGAUGAUUUGGAGAAAGAAGAAACGGGUAAAAUUAGGGUUGAGGACGGGCCUCCGAAUGGCGUCAGGGUUGUGGCUAUGCCGAAUUCCCUGAAGCCGCUUUCGGUGCCGCAAAGUGCGGCUGGUACUGCCGAUGUUGUUGAGGAUGGGCUGAAAUUGCCUCCUUUGACUUCCUUUUCCGAUGUCUUCAGUGAAUUGGGGAAGCAAAAAGGAUUUGUGUGUGGUAAUUGUGGUGAAAGUUGUGGUUCUGAGCGAUAUGAAUCUAUUAAGCAGGAUCAAUACGUACUUUGUCUAAAAUGUUUCAAAGAUGGAAACUAUGGAGAAAACAAGUCCAAGGAUGACUUCAAGUUUAGUGACAGUGUUGAUGGCAGUGUUACACAUGGAGCUGUCUGGACUGAGGCUGAGACUUUACUUCUUUUAGAAUCUGUUCUUAGGCAUGGGGACAACUGGGACCUUGUUGCUCAAGAUGUUCAAACCAAGAGCAAACUUGACUGUAUUUCUAAGCUCAUUGAGCUGCCAUUUGGGGAUCUCCUGUUAAGCUCUACCUACAAAAAUGGUAACUCUAGUGGUUUAAGUAGGAUUGAGAACAGCUCAAAACAAGCUCCAUUACCUGCUGCUGAGAAUCAAGCGACAAUAAAAAAUGAGGAUUCAUUGCGUGAUCAGACAAAUGCUAAUGAGCAGAAUGGAGAUGUUGUGGAUGAAGGUCCUCCAUUGAAAAGAAAACGGAUCGGUUCUCUUUCAGAUGGUGGUAGUUCUUUGAUGAAACAGGUACUCAUUGCUUAGCACUUAAAUGAAAAU